AUGCCGUCAUGGAAAGACUGGAAGAGAGAUACGUCCACGGCAAAUGAAUCGGGAAAAGAUUCGCUUGAAGAACAAUACGAGAAGGAGGACAAGAGACAGAAAGCCACUAUGGACCGACUCAACGAACAUCUUGAAGACUUCGGGCAUCUUGCACCAGCCAUCAGCAAGCAACACAUCGACCUCAAUGAAAACGAAGCUUCUGUUUGUUUCGACGUUCUCUUUGAAGUAAGGAAAGUGCGCGAAGAUCACGAGCAAGGUCGUACCAAUCCUCAGCAUCUGAAGGAUCUUCAAGAUGCGAUUGACAGUCUUGGGACGAUUGUCGACGCAACUGCGGGUCAGGGUACGGAUGAAGUCCCAGUUUUGGUUCCAGUAGGCGAAGCAAUCGACGACGAGCGCAGGCCGUUAUCAGAUGCCCAGACACGUGCUCGUAUCAACAGCUUCGACGACGGAAAAGCUUUCUUCAGCAAUACCACGACAGUAGGACCAAAGAAGAUGGUGCUGCCUGACCCAGCCCCCCUGGACGAAAAAACCAAGAAGCCCUACGAUUUCCAGACCAAAAACUGGCAGGCGUCAAAGGAAUGGGAUCAGAAGGCGCCGUAUCGCGAGAUGGUCCACGCCUACUAUCGCGCAAAGCUUGCUGGUCUAGAACCGUCCGGGCCACGCCCGCCGGGACCCAAGGACCUGGAAGCAUACCGAGCCAAGAAAGCCCUGGAAGCAUACCAGGCCAAGAAGCUGCAACAUGGACAGGAGGGACAGGACGAUGACGAAGAUGGCAUGGAAGGACAGGGUGACGACGAUGGUGGCAUGGAAAGACAGAAGGACGAUAACGACGAAGACGGCAUGGAAGGACAGGACGACAACGAAGCUAAGAUGGAAUGA